CUUCCUCAUUUUAGAAAGAUCAAAGCAAAAAUGUCAAGGGUUUAUGAUUUAUGGGAGAAAUUGGUCGGCGCUGUUUUCAACAGGGAGGAGCUCAGGCGACUUGCGCUUCGCGACAGCUUCAGCUCCUCCACCUUUUCUGAUUACAGCUCGGGCUUCACUUCUGACUCCUCCAUUGCAUACCCCGUUGCACGGCCUAUAGAGCUGAAAGAGAUUAUAAAAGCGACAGAAAACUUUCAGUUAGACAUGCUCAUAGGGGAAGGAGUCAUGUGUCAAGCUUUUAUAGCAUGCAUCGAUGAGCAUGCCCUCACCGCCUUGAAGCCUGGCUCCGGAAUGGCUGUUACAGUUAAAAAAUGGUCGUCCAUGGAAAGACCACAAGAUUGGUUGAAGAAAAUUGAUAAUUUGGUGCAGCUUUGUCAUCCAUGCUUGGUCAGCUUCGUUGGGUACUAUACGGAGGAACACAACAUGAUGUUGGUGUACGAGUUCAUGCCCCAUGGACGCUUGUCAGAUCACUUAUUCACUACUCGAUACCGAUCAUUACCUUGGGCGAGGAGAAUCAAGAUCGCUAUAGAUAUUGCUAGAGAGCUUAGCUACUUGCACGAACAAGAUAUACCUAUCAUACACCGAGAUUUCAAGACUGCUAACGUUCUUCUGGACUGGGAAUUGAAUGCUAAGCUAUCUAACUACUGUUACGGUAUAGAUGAUCCUACCGGUGAAAUGACUUCCAUACCAACUCGUCAAAUAUUCGUUUCACCUGGCUAUACUCCACCUGAAUAUAUAUCAAAAGGUUGUCUGACUACUAAAUCGAAUGCAUACACUUUUGGAGUUGUUUUACUAGAAUUGCUAUCUGGCACUGUCGUAUCAAACUUGAACUUGGAACAAUCUUACUUUAGUCAAAAGUCGAAAUUACUGCAGAUUAUGGACAUCCGAUUAAACGGUCAGUACCCUCGUGAUGCAGCAUAUAAAGUUGUGAAGCUUGCGUUGAAGUGCCUAAAUCAGGAUCCAAAAUCGAGACCAAGAAUGAGUGAUGUUGUGGUUGCACUAGAGCAGUUCCAAGGCUAUGCACCUAUGUGAUGAUGUUGUGGUUGCACUAGGCUUAGUAGCUAGCUCGCCAUUGCAUGCGCACGGGGCCAAAAUGAACAACCCUGGAUGGAUGCACAUAAACUAUGUUGCCAAGAUCUUCGAUUGCUACACAAAUAGAGGGCUUGAAUCCCACUUUUUAGAAUAUUGAGAGUGGAUGAAUUAUGACUAUCUUUUUGAAGGUUAGAUGGUCUCUUUGUUGAGGCUUUGAAAUUGUUUUGAUUAUUAUAGUGUUUAGAUAUGGUUAGUAUUGUUAUUAUUUCAAUUCAAUACACACGAAUGAUUAAGCGAUGAUA